AUGUCUUCCCACGUGGCCAAGAUCCUCCUGGCAGCUCUCACGAGCUUGACUCUUUCCGAGUCGGCCGCCCUGCCUUCAUCUGCCCCCACGGUUCGCCUGCCUCUGGGAACCUACCAGGGUCUGCGCAAUGAGCACUAUGCUCAGGAUGAGUUCCUGGGUAUUCCCUAUGCUCAGCCCCCCGUUGGCUCUCUGCGCUUUGCCUCGCCCAAGCCAAUCACCAAGCCCUUUGACAAGGUCCAGACUGCUACUGAGUAUGGUCUGAUGUGUAUCGGAUAUGGCUCCGAUACUCAGAGCCUGGGCAACCCUGUCUCUGAGGACUGCUUGAGCAUCAACGUUGUUCGUCCCGCUGGCGUCAAGCCCGGUGACAACCUCCCCGUUGGUGUUUGGGUCCAUGGUGGUAGCUAUGUCAACGGAGGUUCUCGUGACCCCCGUUACAACCUCAGCUACAUUGUUGAGCAGUCCGUCAAGGAGAACAAGCCCAUCAUCGCUGCCUCCAUCAACUACCGUGUCUCGUUCUGGGGCUUCAUGUUUAGCAACGAGAUGGAGGAAGCCGGUGCCGGCAACCUCGGCCUCAAGGACCAACGUCUUGCCCUUGAGUGGCUUCAGGACAACAUCGGCGCCUUUGGUGGCAGCCCCGACAAGGUCACCAUCUGGGGAGAGUCUGCCGGUGCUCGAUCCCUAGGAAUGCAGCUCGUCGCCUACGACGGAAACUACAAGAACCUGUUCCGCAGCGCUAUCCUCGAGAGCGGCAGCCCUGUUGCCAAGUUUGCUGAUGCCGAUACCUGGCAGCCUUACUUUGACGCUCUUGUCAAGAAGACUGGUUGCACCAACGAGACUGCCCGUCUUGAGUGCCUUCGUGAGCUUCCCUGGCAAACUCUUAACGACAUCUUCAACGGCACCAACCCUCUUGGUGUCACCGCGCCUACUUUCAGCGCUGUCGUUGACGGUGACUUCAUGACCACCCAGGGCUCCAAGCUCCUGAAGGAGGGCAAGUUUGCUCACGUUCCUGUCCUUAUCGGUAACAACUUUGACGAGGGUACCGCCUACGUCAAGCAGGGCAUCAACACCGAUGACCAGUGGGAGGCCUGGCUCACCAGCCUGGGCAUGAGCGCCACCCAGAUUGCCAGCCUCUCUGCUCUGUACCCCGAUGACCCUGCUGUUGGAAUUCCUUCUUCCCAGGUUGGCCGUCCUGCUGCCUCUCCCUGGGGUCUCCAGUACAAGCGAGCUGCUGCCUUUGCCGGUGACUACCAGCAGCACAGCGGCCGCAGACUUCUCGUCGAGUCUUACGCCGCCGCCAACCUCCCCGUGUACUCUUACCUCUGGAACGUCUACGUCAACGGCCUCGGCCCCAUCUACGGAGCCACUCACUUCCAGGAGGUCGCUUUCGUCUUCAACAACAUCCACGGUGUCGGCUACGCCACCAACCCCUUCGAGGGCAAGCCCGAGACCUUUGUCGAGCUGGCCGACCUCAUGAGCAAGAUGUGGGUUUCCUUCAUCCACUGCACCGACCCCAACGUCAGCGGCGGCAACAGCACCCUUGCCUGGCCCAAGUACACUGUCAACAAGCCUGACAACUAUGUGUUUGACGUUAACCACACUGCUCUGGCUUAUGUUGAGAAGGAUGAUUACAGAGAGGCUCCCAUUGAUUAUCUCCUGCAGAGCGUGUUUGCUUAA